AUGGUUCCACUCGUACGGUGCUUAGGGGCGUGGCUACGCCUUCCCAACCCGUCCCGUUGGCUCAUUCGGACAAUCAGACUCGGCUACGCGAUUCAGUUCGCCAGGCGUCCCCCCAGGUUCAGCGGCGUUCUGUUCACCUCGGUGACAGGUCCCAACGCCUCUGUCCUGCGGGCGGAGAUUGCGGUUCUUUUGGCGAAGGACGCAAUAGAGCCUGUCCCUCCAGCCGAGAUGGAGUCCGGGUUUUACAGCCCAUACUUCAUAGUACCCAAGAAAGGCGGGGGGUUACGGCCAAUCUUGGAUCUGCACGUCUUGAAUCGGACCCUUCACAAGCUCCCGUUCAAGAUGCUGAAGCUGAAACGCAUUCUCAUAGGCACGCAUCUGACUGUUUCUAUAGAAACCGGUGCUUCUAACGUGCUUCUACAUGCUGGAGUCCUUGUGAGAUCGAAGAGGAUCGGGAAGUUUCCAGUCAUCAGACCACCUUCUUUGAUGGCGGAGGCCGUGAUCGUGAACUUGAGAUGUUCAUACAUUGUGCCUGUCUUACCGUCUUCGGCGUUGAUGCCUCAUUCCUCGCGGAUGGUGUACGUGAGGCGACAGUCUGCAGAUGGAGGAGUUAAUCAUCGGAAUCUUCGCUAUUUGCGUGACAGUAGUUCGAACCAUUUGACCAGUUUUAUGCCUGUUUCUUUGCAACAGCUUAAGGAUAUAACUGCUAAUAUGAAGCCCACCAGGUCUCCUGGUGAUGUGCUUCCUUCUUCUCUGUUUAAGCAGGGAUCAGACAGCCGACCUUGUGGUAAAUAUAAAACAUUUGACUUCUUAUUUUACAGAAAGCAGAUUCUUCCACCACAUAUACCAACUCUGAUUCAUCAAGGUCCUCCAAAACGAUAUUGUCUACAUACUGAGAGAAAAGAGCUUGAUGACAAUGUAAAAGUCAGAAAAUGGACUUAUGGGACAAAAGACACCAGAAAAUCAAACAUAAUUGUGCUGUUGGUGGGAGAGACUGGUGCUGGCAAAACCACCAUCAUUAACACCAUGGUCAACUACUUACUGGGAGUGAAGUUUGAGGAUGAACUAUGGUAUGAAAUCACAGAAGAAGCAGCCAGAGACCAAUCGCAAUCACAAACAUCUGAAAUCACCAUAUAUGAGGUCUGUCCUGUAGAGAGUCCUUUAUCUCUCACCAUCAUUGAUACUCCAGGAUACGGAGACACUAGAGGAUUGGAAAAAGAUCUGGAAGUUGCUGAGAAUUUAUCUAUGCUGUUUCAGAGCAAUGAUGGAGUUCGUGAGAUUGAUGCUGUGUGUUUUGUGAUUCAAGCAUCUAAGAAUCGUCUCUCAGACAGACAGCAUUACAUUAUCAGUUCAAUUCUGUCUUUGUUUGGAAAAGACAUUGUGAACAACAUUGUGUUUUUAAUCACUCACUCUGAUGGUCUGCCACCGGAAAACGUUCUUAGUGCCAUUAAUAAAGCUAAAAUCCCCUGCAGACGAGACCAAAGUGGCCAACCUGUUCAUUUCUUGUUUAACAACCGGCAGGCUGACGCCCGUCACACAGAAGAACGUCAUGCUCAUAUUCAAAGAGGUGCCUGGGAAGACAGCAUGGAUGGUAUGAAGGACUUCCUUCAGUCUCUGGAUGAAAAGAACAGAAAAAGUUUAGAGUUGACUUCAGAUGUCCUGACAGAGCGCAUUCGAUUAGAAGCGUCCAUCUCCAACUUACAGCUGCGAGUUCAGGAGAAAGAGUCAAAGAAGUCUGAAAAAAUUCAGAUCCAACAGGCAAUGAGAGAAAACAAGGAAAAGAUUAAGGAGUGUAAAAACUUCCCCAUUAAAGUAAAAAAGACAGUCAAAGAGAAGAUUCCCAUUGAAAGCAAGUCAUGGAAGAGCAGGAAGGCGACGACCUGCACCGUCUGUGAGGAAAACUGCCAUGAGUUUGACUGCUGGUGGGUUUCUGAUCCCAGCAAAUGUGAAGUCAUGAAAGAUGGCUUUUGCACCGUGUGCACAGGGAACUGUCAUCACAGCAAACACGUCAAAGAUGACAAUAAAUACAUCAUCAGCACCUUUUGCAAGAUUUUCCAUUAUGCCUCCAUUAAAAAAGAAAAUCAAAAAGCUCAAAAACUGUCCAAUAGGUUUUCAGUUGUAAUGGAUGAUCUUGACAAAGAUAUGCAGGAGAUUGAAAAGCAAAAGUCAAUUCUUCUAACUGAAGCUUACCAGAACAUCAAGCAUCUGUCUCAGAUCGCAUUAAAGCCAGACUCGGCCUUCACUCUUCAGCAUCUGGACUUCUUCAUCCCCAGAGUGAAGGAGGCUGGGAAAGAAGACUGGGCCCGAGAGCUGGAGGAAAUGAGGAGAAAAGCUGUAGCUGAAGAAGCAAAUAAAGAUGCUCUGAGUUAUCUGAGAGCUGGUCUGGCAAAACUGGGAGAUUUCUUUGGUAGGAAAGGAACAAAUGCAGACAGGACAACAGAGAUGAGUCAAUGAGAACUAAGAAGAUUGCUUACAAUGAGAAUUCAAUGCAGGUGACUUUAUGUAGAUGUGAAGAUAAGAAUGAUUGCUUAAUCAUUCAAUCAAGAUAAUUUGCAUCCAUGUUUUUAGUGUUUGUUUGAAACGAGGCAAAAUUUGUUACAAUAAAAUCUCCAAUAAUUUAAUUCCUACACUGUAAUAAUAAUAUUAUAAUGUAAUAAUAAUAUAAUUUAAGGGACUGAAUAAUUGCUGAAUAAUUGAAAAAAGCAACCACAAACGGUGAUUUGUACUGCGUUAAUCCUGCUUGAACCCUUCUUUUUUUACUAUUUUUACUAUUCUCCACUAUCAACUUCCAACCCCACACAUAUCAGCUGAUCCGAUUUCUAUGAACUCUAUUGGCAACUCAAAAAUAAGGCACAUUAUUUAAACACAGCUUCCGUCUCUCUACUUGCUUGGCUGAUUCCACUGCACACUGCUUGCAAUCAAUCAAGUCUUUUUAUGCUAUGUGAGUCAUUCUACAAAAUGGGUGCCAUUUCCACUUUGCAUUUUUCAAAAUUUUCAUUAAGAACAAACUUUUUUUUAAACAAACCUUCAACUUGAAAGAUAUGUUAAUCCUCCAAAAAACAUAUUUUCCCACCUCAGGCACAAAAUCUUUAUUAAUAUUAUCCUUUUUAUUCAGGCAAGGCAGCCAUUCUUG